AUGCGAAAGCUACGCAGAAUCUUUCCAGCGAUGUACAUUCGGUCGGAGGAUGAUCCGGCCCGCUCCCGGGACGCGACCCUCUACUUACUGCGAUGCAUCUUUCUUAUGGGCGUGCGGAAGCCUCCGGCCAAGUUCUUUCUGGCCUACGUGGCGUGGUCCUUCGCACUUAACCUCUGCUCCACCUUCUACCAGCCCAUAGGCUUUCUAACAGGCUACAUCAGCCAUCUGUCGGAAUUUUCGCCGGGAGAGUUCCUCACUUCCCUGCAAGUGGCCUUCAACGCUUGGUCCUGCUCCACCAAGGUACUAAUUGUGUGGGUGUUGGUCAAGAGGUUCGAUGAGGCCAACAUCAUUCUCGAUGCGAUGGACAAGCGUCUGACGCAGCCUUCCGAGCGACUGCAGGUCCAUCGCGCAGUCUCAAGCAGCAACCGGAUAUUCUUUUUCUUCAUGACCGUGUACAUGGUGUAUGCAACGAACACAUUUCUCUCGGCGAUUGCUAUCGGUAGGCCGCCCUAUCAGAACUACUAUCCCUACCUAGACUGGCGUUCCAGUAACUGGCAUCUCGGAAUGCAGGCCGGCCUAGAGUACUUUGCCAUGGCAGGCGCCUGCUUUCAGGACGUCUGCGUGGAUUGCUAUCCUGUUAAUUUCAUUCUGGUUCUGCGGGCCCACAUGUCCAUCUUUGCCGAACGCCUCCGCCAUCUGGGAACGGAUCCAGUGGAAAACCAGGAGCAGCGGUACCAAAAACUGGUUCAGUGCAUUGAAGACCACAAGGUUAUCCUGCGUUUUGUAGACUGCCUGCGCCCCGUGAUAUCGGGCACCAUCUUCGUGCAGUUCCUAGUGGUGGGUCUGGUGCUGGGCUUCACCCUGAUCAACAUCGUGCUGUUCGCCAAUCUGGGCUCUGCCAUUGCCGCACUCUCCUUCAUGGCCGCAGUGUUGCUGGAGACCACACCUUUCUGCAUUCUCUGCAACUACCUCACGGAGGACUGCCACAACUUGGCGGAUGCCCUGUUCCAGUCUCAAUGGAUAGACGGCGAAAAGCGGUACAAGAAGACGCUUUUGUAUUUUCUGCAAAAUCUCCAGCAGCCCAUUACCUUCAUGGCCAUGAACGUGUUUCCGAUAUCCGUGGGAACAAACAUCAGCGUCACAAAGUUUUCAUUCUCCGUGUUUACGCUUGUAAAGCAGAUGAAUAUUGCUGAGAAACUUGCCAAGUCAGAAGACGAUGAAUAGAGGAACUG